CUGAUCAUCACGCACAGAAUGUUUAUGCGCGACAUCGCCAUCUUCUCGAGUGCCAGCUGAGCCUGCUUAUCCUGUUCGUCUGCUGACUUGUUGUGCCCCAAAAGGCUCAAUAAGUGUUCAUCGUUCCCUCUGCCCGACGUACCUGCCUGCGUUUUACUCAUGUACCUGCGCAUGUGACUGUUUCGAAGCUUUAAGCGUGCCAUGGGUGCAGCGCUGGAGCAUCAGCAAGACAGCUUCCUCGACUCUUUACGACGGCAUGAUGAGCGCACCAAAGAGCUGGAAGCCCAGCUGCGCGAUGCUCAGCAAGAGAAGGACCAGAUGCAAGAGCAAGUUGAAGAUCUCAAGGCACAAUGGCCCAGUGUCGAUCUGCAAAGCACGGUGGCUUCCCACAUCGAAACUAUGCGCUCGGAAUACUCCCGCGUCAAAGAAGAGUUGACUUCAACCAAAAGGCAGCUGGCUGCUGCAAAUACAAGAAUACGGCAUCUGCUAGAAACAUCCAACACUGCCCUGCCUACAUCAAGCCUCAACUCAAAACCUCCGAUUCUACCUAUCGGUGCCGCAUCAUCCAAGGAUCUAGCAAGAAGCACUCACAAAGCGACUAGAAAGACUGCCCCUGCUCCUCAUGGGGCAUCAUCGCCUCACACCUUUCUUCUUCCCCCUGCCACCUCACGCCCCGAGCCAAAGCCCCCAGUCUCACUUCAGCCUGAUGACAGCUCCUGGGCCUAUGAACUGACACCGGCAAAGGUUCCUGCCGAACCUAAAAUUCCAGUGGUAGUCCCAGCCUCGCCACGAGCAUCAUGCGAGGAUGUGCCGCCCGUUCCCAUGCAUGAUGACAUCAACGCCAGUGUCAGUUACAUUGCUAUUGAUUCGCCUGCCGAUUGCCACACGACUGCAUCCACUCACAUCGCGUCGACCCAGGCUGCGUCGGUAUUGGUUUGGCGAGCACACACAGAUGAAGUCUUCACACUACCCACACAAGCCCAGCAUCCUGUCCUCGGAAAUACAGAUGCUGUCAUAGCGAACACUCGCAUGUAUCAAAUGGCUGCCGUGAACAAGCGCACUUGA